AUGGCGAAACCUCAAGUUUUUCUUGCCCUGUUCUGUUUAUGUUCCGUAUUCCUUGUUUCUGGGGUGUUAUCAGCAACAUUUACAUUAGUAAACCAGUGCAGUUAUACAGUAUGGCCGGGGAUAUUAUCAGGUGCAGGAACAACCCAGCUUUCUCCUACUGGACUUCAGCUAAAUCCAGGACAGGCCAUUCCUAUUUCUGUUCCAGCGGGUUGGUCGGGUCGUUUAUGGGGUCGGACUUUUUGCUCCCAAGAUUCUACUACGGGUAAAUUCACUUGCGUGACAGGUGAUUGUGGCUCCGAAACACUUGAGUGCACCGGCGGAGCUGCACCGCCGGCGACUCUAGCAGAGUUCACUCUCAACGGCGCCGGUGGCCUUGAUUUCUAUGACGUUAGCCUUGUGGAUGGUUAUAACUUGCCUAU